UUUGUAUGAAGAUAUUUUAACAUUUUUUCCCCCUAGAUACAAGUAAAGACUGAAAAAAUAUCAAAGAUGCAAACAACAUGCAGUCGCAUUUCAAAAUGGAAAUGUUAUAAAAACCUUGUGACAUUAAGUGUUGGAUGGAUUCUCCUGUAUUCCUCUUUCACAUCAAUUAAAGAUUUAUCAAGCUCUUUUCAUCACCAAGAUGGAAUCGGAUUAAUUGGUAUGGCAACUUUUUAUUUUGGAUACAUGAUGGCUUGUAUAUUUGCUGGUAGAACUGUCAGACUAUUUGACGCAAAGGUUAGCAUCAGUUGUACCUCUUUGUGUCAAAUCCCGUUUCUCAUAUCAAAUGCUUCACCGAAAUUUUAUGUAUUGUUACCGUUAUCAUUUUUAGGAGGAUUCACGCAAUCAAUUUUGUGGACAGCAAGCGGAUCAUAUCUUGUUUGGAUCAGUCAGACUAUGUCUACAAAUCAAAGAAACAAUGUAAACAAAGUGUUUAGCAUAUUUUCUCUGGUAGUGUCUUGUUCUCCAAUUCUUGGCGGGAUGUCAACUGUUUUAGCGUUUUCGCUGUAUGGAAAGGAUCGACAACAUUUUCAAAAACAAAUUAAACAAAUCAACACAACAUUUGAAAAUGAUAUUUCAAAAACUUUGAUAUUCAAGAGUAAAUCUUCGGAUAAUUUGACAGAUACAGAAGUCUGUGGACCAGGCGUUUGCUUCUUUGAAAAUAAUAUACCUAAUUUAGCAUUGCCACGUGCCAAACUAUACAUUAUCUUGGGGUUUUACACAGGAUGUAUGCUUGCUGCGUCAGCAAUGUUUCUAUUUGUGAUGGAUCGUUACAUACCAGAAAAAGAUGAACCAAUAAAAUACAAAAUUUGUAUUUCAGUAACCAAUAUCACAAAAAUACUGUACAGCACAACGUUUGUGAAAGUAUUUCCCUUGCUAUUUCAUUAUGGUUUCCAAAUGGCUUUUAUGUCUGGAAGCUUCUUCAAGGAAUAUGUUGGAUGUAGAUAUGGUAUAGAAAAAAUAGGAUAUUUUCUGUCGGUAUUUGGUUUUAGUUCUGCAUUUUCAUCAGGAUUAUCUGGUUUCAUACAUACAGGAACUGGACGGGAAUACGUGUUUAUGUUUGCAUGCUUGGCUGAAGUUGUAGCAGUUGCGGGAAUGUUAAUGUGGAACUAUUUUUCUAGCUAUAUGACCUACACCAUUGGGCUGUGUUCUUUGUGGGGGUUAGCUCAUGGUAUCUGGCAAACACAUCUCAAUGGAUAUAUUGGAGAGUCGUUUCCAUUAACAUCUGAGUUUGCCUUUUCAUCACUUAAUCUGAUUUUAUCUCUUGGUUUAAUAACCGGUUAUAGUUCUUCUAACUAUAUAUGUAUGAGGACGAAGCUAUAUGUAACAGGAGGAAUGUGUAUUAUUAGUUCUUGUUUCUUCCUGAUUAUGUCAAAAAUAGCUAGACAAAAGUGUGCUAUCAACAAGAACUUCAAACGAGUUUCAAAAAUGAAGGAAUUAGACAUUUUUGUUUUCUCAAAUGUGUCAUCUAGACUAGAAUGAAAUGUUUAUUAAAAAGUUUUGAAAUAUUUUGCAACAAUUUCUCAGUGUUCAAUUUCAGUGCUUGGUUAUGGCGUGUUAAACGUGAAAAUAUUCAUGAAAUAUAUGUUCA